AGGCACAAGCUGCCCAGAGGGGCUGUGGGUGCCCCAUCCCUGGAGGUGUUCAAGGCCCAGUUGGAUGGGGCUCUGGGCAGCCUGGUCUUGUAUUAAAAGUGGAGGUUGGUGUCCCUGCGUGCAGCAGAGGGGUUGAAGCUUGAUGAUCUUUGAGGUCCCUUCCAACCUAAUCCAUUCUAUGAUUCUGUGACCUCAAAGAUCCUCAAGUUUAAACUCUUCCAGGGCCCGUCCAGCCUAGCCUUGAAUAUGUCCAAGGAUGGGAUGCCCACCUCCCUAGGCCAAUGUCUUACCCCACCUUACCACUCUCUCAGUGAAAAAUUUCCCCAGCACCUAAUCUAAAUCUCCCGGCAUAGUUUGAAACUGUUUUCCCUUGUCCUGUCCCUGUAAGGGACGAUGAUGAAUGGAUUUGUGUAAUGUUUGCAUGCUGGUCAAUGUGACAGAAUUGUCAGAUUGUGUCAGCUGAAGGUCUGCACACAUAAGGGAGCUACCCCAGGUUCUUCAGGUGCCUACUCUGGUAGGACGCUGAAUUGCAGAUGAAGGAAGUGAGGCAACUGUCUGAUGAUACCGGUAAUCGAGAGACUACUUUGCCUCUGAAGAGAGUGGUGCUGGCUUUCCUUCCUCUGUCAUAAACUGCUACAUGGAACUAAGUCAACAAAAGCUAUUCUUGUUAUCAUGAUCAGUUUUAUGCUGUGUUAACUGCCUUAGUAGAGGAACAUGGAAGGAGUGGGAUUAUCUCUUUUGACAGCAGAAAGCUAAAAAGCUGAUUCCACAGUUCUCACUUCUUUGUGUGGGGAAGCAGAAACAGAGCAAAGGAAGCUGGAGACAGGCUACUUUGGGGAGCCAGAUUAAUGGACAAGAAAGACGAGUAGAAAAACUGAAUUUCAGAGCGUAGAGCUACUUCUCAACCGGUAGGAAGCUGAUUUGCGGGGCAGAAAACAUCUGUGAAUUGCAGGAAAUCUCUAGCUUGCAGAAAAAAGUGAGGUCCUUCACAGAAGUAUUUGUUUGACCUAUGUCUAAAGUGAAGACUGAUGAAGAAAUUAAGACAAAAAGUAUAUAUUUUUCUUGAGGCAACUGCAGGUUGCAUAAGCAAAGAUAAAAUGUGUCCUUGUAAAAUUACCACAAAACCUUUUCCGUAGCUGAAAAUGUAAAGUCCGAAUAAUUCAAGUUUGUUUCAAGUCAAGACCCAUAAUGACCAUCAACUCCAGCUCCUGGCUCCACAGAGGACCAUUCAAAAUUCAAGCCCUAUUUCUGAGAGCAUUGUCCAAACAGUCCUUGAACUCCAUCCAUGUGCAGCACAGUAUCUUAUCUGGUCUAAGAGUACAUAUAACUUGAAAUGCUUAAAAGGUGCUUUGUAAAUGGCUUUUAUUAAAUUUGUUGCUAUAAGUGAAGUGAAGCCUAAAACAGUUGAUGUCAAUGCCACCACAUCACUACUGUUGUUAAAUCUGGGGGUUGAUGUCAGAUUUAACUGCUGGCAUCUGAAUUCAGGCUAGCUCUGGUUUGAAUUUUUAAUAUAGACAUAGCAUAGCUGUAUCCCCUGUGAAAAUUGGAAUGCUUUGUCAUCUUUAGUUUUCUUUGCAGCAUCCUUAUGAGAUUGGUCUGUAUUGUUAUCCUAACUUCUAAAAUAAAGGAACAGAGCCGUGAUAGGUUUUAUUUACUUAUUUGUUCAUUGUCCAGGUUAAAUGCCAAACACAAAACUCCAACCAAAAUUUUAAAUACAAAUAUCAGUUAUGGUUGAUGCGUGUAAUUUAAUUUUCUUAUAAUAAUUUCUUGUCCUAUCUGGCAGUCUAUGCUAAAAUGCAUGCUCAUAGCAUUUGUUGUUGUGUUGUUAUUGCAGUUCAUUUUCAUUAUAAAAAUCUCUGCCAAAAAAUCUGCUGGAGAAGCUCUUACUAUGCUCUACCCAGCAGAUAGCUUUAUCUGUAGAACAGGUAGGUAUUGACAUGACAGGCAAUUGCAGGAAAGAAAUAGCAAAGGGUGAGACUGCCAAAGUAGUGAUAAUUCUUUUAAUUUUCCUUUGAAAAUGGAGAGAAUGUUGCACCAAGUUUUUGAUAGUGUAGGGCAGCUGUUGAUUGAGAUCUGGAUUAUCACUCACGUUUUAUUUUGAGUGCGACUGUUAUUUGACAUAUAUGUAUCUCUUCCUUCAGUUGCUGGAGAAGUUGUAACAAGGAACGCUUAGGAAGAUUAUUCAGUCUUGAUUUACAGUUGCUGAGUUCUGAAUGGCAGUGGCUUUUAUUCUUUUUUUCUUUUUUUUUAGCAGUUUACAUUUUGAAAAAGGCAAGUAUGACGGUCUCUUCAGAAAGGGCCUCCAUUUUCUGAAGUCAUUGCUAGAGAAUGUCAGAUGUUUGUCCAAUAAGUUCACUUUAUUCACUGUUAGUCGUCCACUUCUGAUUCAUAUUGUGGCUUUUACCACAAUUACUGAGAAUUCUUUCAGCAAACUUAUUCUUAAUGUAAUUUUAAUAAUGGUGAGCAAACAGAACGUCUUCUGCUGAGGAUGUUUAGCUUCAAAUUAAGUCUAAGGUAUGUCCUUGAGAUUCUUUCGUUCUUCACACAAAAUAGAAAAUAACAUUGACCUUAGUGUUGCUGGCUGGUUUGUUCUUUAGCAGUAUGCUUACGUGUAUUUAUAUGUAUUUAUCCAAAGAACACAUUAUAUACAUUUGUUAAGUAUAUCACACGCUUUCAGUAACUACCUUGUUGACUUGGUUGCAGUUGUCUUUUAGCUGCUUGCACUCAGCAUCAGAGUAUUUUAUGUAAUACUGCCCUCCUCUCUGCUUUGAGUUUCACUGAACAGUUAGACCAAGCAAUCUUCUUGAGAGGAUUUUGCAGUCAUGAUAUUUGGAGACAGGCUUGAAAACAUUUAUUCCAAAUGCUCCUUUCUGAUGUUUUCUUUGGCCAUAAAUACCUUUUUCCUCUUUAACUUACUGCUGUUCAGCAGCAAAAGAGAUUUCUCUCUACCACAAAUAAAAUGGAAGUCAAAGCUGCUAUUGAUCCAGAUGAAAUGUAAUGAUUUAAUUUCUUAGUACGUCACCUUACUCUGAAGAUCAACAGCAUGAUUCAGCUCUCAUUUAUGUCUCUGAUAGUUGAGGUGUUGAAAAUAGCAUGAAAUUAAUCCUUAAGAAGAAAUCUUUUGCGUUUCCAUGAUCUUUCUGUGUUCCAAUUUCUUUCCAACUUCAGGUCAUAGAUUGAUAGAAAACAGUAGUUGGCUUAUUGGGUUUAAAUGUCUGUACAUUUGUGCAUUUCAAAAUUAAACAGUAUUCCUUCCAAACUAAACUGUUCUUGUUUUUUCUUCUCCAUUCCCAUUUUUCCAAUCUUUCUUGCACUUUUCUCCCUCCCUUACCCCAAUUUUCCCUCUAAAAAUAUUCUUAGGAAUGACUUGCUGAUGGUGUGCCGCCAGCUGAAUAUGGAGGAGUCUGUCGCUGAGAUCAUGCACCAGCUGGGAGCAGAUGAAAAUGGAAAAAUUUCCUUCCAGGAUUUUAGUCAGUGUCGCAUGCAACUGGUGCGAGAAAUCAGGAAGGAGGAAGUGGAGCUUUCUGUGAAAUCAGAUGACUCUUGUAAAAAGAAAAAGUUAAGAGAUAGAAUAGCUUCCUGGCCAACUAGCAGCAAUAACAGUUUAGGUGCCUUAUCAGGAGCCAGAGAAAGCUGGGAGUAUGAUUCAGGAGCAAGAGAUCUUCAGAGUCCAGACCUUCAGAGUCAUUUUACCCUACAGAAGAUAUUGGAGAAUGGUGGAAGCAAUGUGGCUAAACAAGCUGCUCUGCAGAAGCUUCUAUCUCAGGCCUCGAAUUAUAGCAGCUCUGUUGGAGGAAACUACUUGGAACUUGCCAAUACUCUUCAUUUAGCAGCCCUGGCAUCAUUAAAGGGAGACAUUGUGGAGCUUAAUAAACGUCUGCAACAAACAGAAAGAGAACGUGACCUGUUGGAGAAGAAACUGGCAAAAGCACAGUGUGAACAAUCCCACCUAAUGAGAGAGCACGAAGAUGUGCAGGAGCAAACAACGCUACGCUAUGAGGAGCGAAUCACAGAGCUGCACAGUAUCAUUGCUGAAUUAAAUAAGAAGAUUGAUCGAUUACAGGGAACAACAAUAAGGGAAGAAGAUGAGUAUUCAGAGCUGCGGUCAGAGCUCAGCCAAAGCCAGCAUGAGGUUAAUGAAGACUCACGCAGCAUGGACCAGAAUUCUGUUUCGGUACCUGAGAAUCAGUCCACCAUGGUCACUGCAGACAUGGAUAACUGUAGUGACUUGAAUUCAGAACUACAGAGAGUGCUGACUGGUCUGGAGAAUGUUGUCUGUGGAAGGAAGAAGAGCAGUUGCAGUUUAUCAGUGGCAGAAGUGGACAGACAUAUUGAACAGCUCACGACUGCCAGUGAACAUUGUGAUUUAGCCAUUAAGACAGUAGAAGAGAUUGAGGGUGUCCUAGGACGUGACCUUUAUCCAAAUCUGUCUGAAGAGAGAUCUCGAUGGGAAAAGGAACUUGCUGGCUUGCGGGAAGAAAAUGAGAGCCUCACUGCCAUGCUCUGUAGCAAAGAGGAGGAGCUGAAUAGGACCAAGGCCACUAUGAAUGCUGUUCGUGAAGAAAGGGACAGACUGCGUAGAAGGGUUCGGGAACUGCAAACUCGUUUGCAAAGUGUGCAGGCAACAGGCCCAUCCAGCCCGAGUCGUCUCACUUCUGCAAAUCGACCCAUUAACCCCAGCACAGGAGAGCUGAGCACAAGCAGUAGUAGCAAUGACAUUCCCAUUGCCAAGAUUGCUGAAAGAGUAAAGUUGUCGAAGACGAGAUCAGAGUCUUCAUCAUCUGACAGACCUGUCUUAGGAUCAGAAAUCAGCAGCAUAGGGGUGUCUAGUACUGUGGCUGAACAUUUGGCACAUUCCCUUCAAGACUGCUCAAACAUCCAGGAAAUCUUCCAGACUCUUUAUUCACAUGGAUCUGCUAUCUCUGAAAGUAAAAUCCGAGAGUUUGAAGUGGAGACAGAGAGAUUAAAUAGCCGUAUUGAGCACCUGAAAUCCCAAAAUGACUUGUUGACUAUAACACUGGAAGAGUGCAAGAGCAAUGCUGAGAGGAUGAGCAUGCUUGUUGGGAAGUAUGAGUCCAACGCCACAGCCCUCCGGCUUGCAUUGCAGUACAGUGAACAGUGCAUAGAAGCAUAUGAGCUGCUGUUGGCAUUGGCAGAAAGUGAGCAAAGUCUCAUUCUUGAGCAGUUCAGAGCUGCAGGAGUUGGUUCUGUUGGUGACCAGACAGGUGAUGAAAACAUCACCCAAAUGCUUAAGAGAGCUCAUGACUGCAGGAAGACAGCUGAGAACGCAGCAAAAGCCUUGCUGAUGAAACUGGAUGGGAGUUGCGGGGGAGCCUAUGCAGUCACUGGCUGUAGUGUGCAGCCUUGGGAAAGCCUCUCAUCCAACAGCCACACGAGUACUACAAGCUCAACUGCAAGCAGCUGUGAUACGGAGUUUACAAAGGAGGAUGAGCAGCGACUGAAGGAUUACAUCCAGCAGUUGAAAAAUGACAGAGCAGCAGUGAAACUAACGAUGCUGGAGCUGGAGAGUAUUCACAUUGAUCCCCUUAGUUAUGAUGUUAAACCUCGUGGAGACAGCCAGAGGUUAGACCUAGAAAAUGCGGUCUUGAUGCAGGAACUUAUGGCUAUGAAGGAGGAGAUGGCAGAGCUCAAGGCACAACUUUACCUACUGGAAAAAGAGAAGAAAGCAUUGGAAUUGAAGCUUAGCACUCGAGAGGCCCAGGAACAGGCUUACCUUGUCCAUAUUGAACACUUGAAGUCCGAAGUGGAAGAGCAAAAAGAGCAAAGAAUGAGAUCUCUCAGCUCAACCAGCAGUGGAAGCAAAGAUAAACUGGGAAAGGAAUGCAGUGAUGGCACCGCAACACCGUUAACACUGGCAGAGCUGAGACCAUACAAUGAAAGUGAACUGACAGCUGAACUUACAAAUGCACUCAGAAGAGAGAAGAAACUGAAAGCUAGAGUGCAGGAACUGGUGAGUGCUUUGGAGAGGCUCACAAAAAGCAGUGAAAUCAGACACCAGCAAUCUGCAGAAUUUGUUAAUGACCUGAAAAGGGCAAACAGCAACUUGGUAGCAGCAUAUGAAAAAGCAAAGAAAAAGCAUCAAAACAAGCUGAAGAAACUGGAAUCGCAAAUGAUGGCCAUGGUGGAGAGACAUGAAACACAAGUCAGGAUGCUCAAACAAAGAAUAGCUUUGCUAGAAGAAGAGAACUCUAGACCACACACAAAUGAAACUUCACUUUAAAUGCAUCUCUUUCAAAGAUCUUAGUGCCAUCACAGAUUUCUUUAUUUUAGAGGCUGGCUUUUAGGUUGCUUCAGCGCUGAGAUCUGACCUAUCAACACAGGCACAGUUCAGCACCAUCUUUCAGAUCUCAGCUGUCCAGCCAGGAGUUAUGGGGAUAAUCUAAGCAUUAACUAAGUACUGUUUGAUAAUGUAAAAUGGCAGUGCCUGAAUUAUCAUGCUAUAAUUAUGUUCAUUGUCUGUGUCGUUAUGUCUUUACUCAUACAGGUUCUCCUCCAUUUUAUGUCCUAUGGAUGAUAGUAGGACAUAGGAAAAUAGUUACUGUUGAUAGGUUUUAAAUUUGGGCAGGUAAUCUGAGUUUUUCUGAUUCCCAAGUCCCUCUGCACAUGGCUGUACUCACGACACAUUCAGAUGGUUAAGCUGUCUGAACAGAAGGCUGAAGUUCAGGAAGCUCAUAGGCUUGUUUGCUUUGUGCUUCACAGUAGCAUGACUGUUAACUAACAGUGACAUUAAAGUAGGAAAGAUGCUUUUGAUUUGGGGAGGGGAUGGAACAGUUUUCAAAACAAGUUGCAUCUCUUCAGAAGACGGUUUAUUUCAUAUGAGUCUGUAAGGGGACUAAAGGCUGUAAGUUUUUCCGUGCCAGAUAAAUAGUCAGUGCCAAGGUUGGUUCAGAGAUUGCAAGCCAUCAUCUGCUAUUUAUUUACAUUGCACAGUGUUUGUUUGCAAGUAAUUUGUGAAAGUUGAGUUUUCUUGUCAGUACUUGAUAGCCAAAAUUUUCCAUAAGAGGGUAGGCAGCCUUUGUCACUUACAGAGAUUUCAGUACAUCUUUCUUUUGUCAUGCGGUAGAAUGACAUCUUUUAAUACUUUUAACCAAAAAAGGUACUCAGUAGAAAUGUACCUGUUUCAUAUGGAAUGCAUACAUGCAAAACUAUAAAUGAGUAGGUGUAUGGAAGUACAGCCACAAACAGAAUGUGAAUGAGGUCUUCAUAGAGCUUUGUAGGUUAACUUUUGUUAAUUUUACUGUUCUUUUGUUUAAGCCACAUCAUGUUAGUGCAUUAUCAUGUGACUUAGUUGAGAGAUGUUGGCCUAUUGUAUUAAGUGGAGCAUGGGGAUUGGGCUGAUUUCUUGACAGAGCAAAGAUGGGAGACUGCCCGAGUUCCCAUUUUAAAUGGAGUUUGUUUUUUCUUGAGUGAGUACAGAAGACAGUUUCCUUGUUUACAUUUGUUUUUAGUUUGGCUAAACAUUAACAUUGUAAGCCUGUUGCUGUUACUCUUGUACGUUGCAUUUUUCAAGCUCAGUUCUCUCCAGUAACUCAGAAUUCAGGAGUUGUCCAUCAUUGUUUUUAUGUGCUGAAUUGCACCUCAAGUUCUACUACAUGUAGAAUUACAAAAACUUCUCUUAUUCAGUCCUACAAUUUCUAGUUCAAGCAAAGUAUUCUUAGAGGAUUGGUUUUAUCUACUAGUGGCUUAGGCUUACAGGCAUGAGAAUUUCUUUUCAGAAUACAACGUUGUUAGGUGUUGUUUUCAACUUAAUCUGGAGCAGUUUGUGAUCAUUACACCUCUGAUUUCAUUACUGGCAUCUGUUUUACUUACUGACAAACAUACCUGGCAAACUCCUAAAGCAUGCUGGAGGUAAUUUCUGUUCUACUGUGGCUGCCAUUUUCUUCCUUCCUUAGGGUAGUAAUGAUUAGUUAUACUUCACCAGAGUGUGAUAGAUGAGCAACAAAGCCAGCACGCUCAGUGGUUGAUUGCAGCAGCACAUUAAAACAGUGCUAAUUUCAAAACUGAGUUGUAGGUAGUGAUGCCCUGGGCUUGGGUUAGAUCAGUCCAUUCUGUCAAGCUAAUUGUACUUCUUAACUUACUUAUAAUGCAAAUGGAUAUUUUUGAAACCAGACUAUUGAGGGAAUAGAUAGUGUUGCUCUGGUUUUGCUAAAUGUCCUGGUUAUCCUUGGUCAACAAGUUUCUUGUCAACAGCACUUUUUGUUUUUGCCAUGUGGCUGACCACACUUGUGUCUGAAGUAUACACCUGAUCAUUUUCUAUGCCGUUUACAGUUUUGUCUUCUUGGAUCUAGAACACCCAUCUAGUGUGAGGUCAUCUCAAAUUGUCAGAGUGAAAUAAACCUUUCACUUUAAGAUAGUUAGACAGUACUCUUACAUGGGCUUUCCUUAUGCCCUGUUGUUCUGUUCCUUGGUAGCUGAAGAAGCCAUUAAGUUCAUGUAAUGCAAUAAAGCUUAAAGCAUUUGAACCUGUCUUUAUAGGCAAGAUGUACAUUAGGAAGCAUAGAAAAUUGCGGUGUUCUUUGCAGCCUAAGGCCUAAUGAUUUGCUGGUUCUGCACAAGCUGAAUGAUGUUUUACUACCUUUGCUGUGCACCUUCCCUACCAAGAGCACUCUAAAAGUGUCCCACAGUGAAUUAUAAAUCAUUAACUGUAUAUAAGCCACAUUCCUUUUCUUCCCAUAGGACGUAAGUAGGACAGCAAGACUGGUAUCAGACAGCCCCAGCAGCAGCUGUAAUUUGCCAAAACAAAAGUUACUUUGCCUAAACCAUCAGCUACUGCUUGUCAGCAUUCUACAGUAGGGCAGCAGGGUCACAGUGAAGGGCUUACUGCUGUUGUGGAAACUGUUAUCUCUGAUUAAAAUGGCUCCAAUCCUGUGACUGAGUACCGAGAAGCAAGUUGCAAGUUGCCUUUAAGUGAACUGGUAGCACAGCAGUGUAUGGACAAGUACUUCAUCACUGACACAAAUCAACUUGAGUGACCCAACACUUAAUUCACCUAACACUUGUGGAGUUAAUACAUUAGCAAAGCAAGAAAAAUAGUUUAUCUUGGCAAGAACCACAAAUGUUUUUCACUCAUUAAUCUUAGGGUGUCUUAUUUCUUAAUUGCUGGAGUGCAUGAAACCUUUUAUUUCUUUGUGUUCAGAAAAAAGUACUUUUUUUUCUAACUAAGCAUAUAAAUCUUCACCAGCUUGAAUGUACUGUUAGCUAUAGCACAUGUCUAAAAUUGCAUUAAUUAUGUCAGUAUUGUUCUGCUGUUUUUAUUAGAAGUUUCUCAUUUAAAACCUCAUUUAAUACUGUACCAUACAUUGUAAUUUUAGAAUCUUUUCACCUUGCUGAAAUAGCUUUAAAUGUGUUGCUGGUUUUUAGUCUCUUAGCUGCUGUAAAAUAGCUAUUUUGUGUUUAUUUGAUAUAGAAUUGUAAAAACUGCAUUUAUUUAUACAGAGACAUUUAUAAUACUUAUUUUACAAAUGUUCUUAUAUUCUGAAUAAAUUUCUAAAGCUGCUUC